AGUUCACAGACUGUCUCUCUCAGCCAAAACUCACUAUAUAUUUCCCUUUCAACGCUGAAAUUUCUUCACAACGUUAUUUUCUCCAAUCUUUCAUUUUCACAAAAACUCAAAACACCCAAAACCACACACGGGGAGAGAGCCCUUCAUCGAUCUAUCCAUUUUACAGAGCCAAUUCAAAACCACAGCAAAAAAGAUGAAGGAAGGGAUUGUGGAACCAGCCUUCGUGUUCGAGGAAGACACCUACUUCACCGUUUCCAAAACCUCCCUCUUUUUCGCCGGCGACGGCUUCUCCGUCUACGAUCGGAACGCUCAACUCGUCUUCCGGGUCGACUCAUACGGCCCCGACCCCCACGACAGGACUGAGCCCGUGCUCAUGGACGCCACCGGCAGCUGCCUCCUCACCGUCCGAAGAAAGAGGCCGAGCCUGCAUCACCGGUGGGAAGGGUUUGUGGGGGAGAGGAUGGAGGGCCAGAAGCCAAUCUUCAGCGUCCGGCGAUCAUCCAUAAUCGGGCGGUCGAGCGUCACCGUGGAAGUCUUCCGGGAUGAGUACCACAUAGAAGGCUCAUUCGCACAGCGCUGCUGCAAGAUCUACAAUGCCGACAAGCAACCAGUGGCUGAGAUCCACCGCAAAGUGGAUGUUUCUACCAACGUGGUGCUUGGGAAGGACGUCUUCUCUCUCGUACUCAAGCCUGGCUUCGAUCCAGCUUUUGCCAUGGGACUGGUGCUAGUGCUUGAUCAGAUCAACGGCGAUGGGUUUGUGGAGAGGAGGAUGAUCGAGGAGGAGGAGAUGGAUCUGGCCGCAGAGGAACAGUGUGAGUGUGAUUGGAUGGACUGUUUUGAUCAGCUGAAUAUUUGGAGUGUUUGGCCAGGAGGGAACCUCUUGUCUUGAUUAUAGAUUUUUCUUUGUAUCUUUCUUGCACUUGAUAAUUAAAAAUGAGAUUAUGUAAAAAUGUAUUCCCUCAAGUCUCACUGAAAAUAAAUUAAUAAUGAUUAACAAAACGAUGUUACUUGAACCCAA